UUUAGAAGAAAAAAAACAAACGAUAUUUAAGGCAGCUCGUCAGGAUAUUUUUGAUAAGUUGUCUCACUCCAUAUCCGGAAUAAGGAGAAAAGAGAAAGAGAGAAAGAGAGAAAGAGGUGCAGUAAUAAUGGCUUCCUGGAAUACGAUUCCGAUGGAGAUCACAUACGAAGCUCUGGGUUGGAUCGCUUUUCUCUCUUGGUCAAUCAGUUUCUAUCCCCAAGUCAUCUUAAAUUUUCGUCGAAAAAGUGUUGUUGGGUUGAACUUUGAUUUUAUGGUGCUAAACGUAACAAAGCACACCUCUUAUCUCAUCUACAACGCUACUCUAUACUUUAGCUCCACUGUCCAAAGACAGUAUUUCGAGAAGUAUGGCUUCGGACAGAUGAUACCGGUAGCAGCUAAUGAUGUGGCUUUCUCUGUACAUGUUACACUAUUAACAAUAUAUCUCUUAUUCCAAAUAUCAAUCUAUGAAAAAGGAGACCAAACCAUCUCUAAGAUUACUAUCCUAAUUAUCGCUGCUGUGUGGUUAUUUGCUGGAGUUUGCUUUUUUAUUGCUCUCCAAACCAAUUCUUGGCUGUGGUUGAUCUCUAUAUUCAACAUGAUCCAAGUUUUUAUGACAACCAUUAAAUAUACUCCUCAGGUAUUCAUGAACUUCAAGAGGAAAAGCACUGAGGGAUUCAGUAUUGGUUAUAUUCUAUGUGAUUUUUCUGGUGGACUUGCAAACUAUGCCCAAAUGACUGUACAGUCUUUAGAUCAAAAUUCUUGGAUAAACUUCUCUGGAAAUAUGGGGAAGGUACUUCUGUCCUUGAUAUCUAUGUUCUUUGACGUUAUAUUCAUGUGCCAACAUUUUCUGCUCUAUUCUACCCGAAAAGUGAAACUCCAUUCUGAAACCAGCAUUGGAAAAGAACCACUUCUUAUCAAGUCUUGUGAUUACCCAGAGUUGGAAAAUGUUUGAGGAGAAUCUGCAUUGGAUCUUUAUGUUGUAUAAAAAAGGAAAAGCUCCUCUUUUUGGAGUACUCAAAAGUUGUAGAUGUUACCAUUGAAAAGUUGUACAUGUUACAAUAUUGGAAGACUAAAAUCUGCUGUCUCAAGUUGCUGUGAUCUCAUUCACCAAAAGAUUGAAUUGUUGAUCUUAGUUGCGGUCUCGUCAACUAAAAAAGUUGAUAGCUCAGCUAGAAAAACAUCUCACUCAGUAAGAGUUGUUCAUAUUUAGUGAAUGAAGGAGCAAUUUGAUACAGCAGAUUUCAGUCCCAACAAUGGGAGCGAACAAUGUGUAUAUUUUGCCAUUUUUUUAAACAUUCUAUUGUGUUGUAAACAUUCUAUUGUAAUCCCACUAGUAUCUUUGUUUUGUAGAUAUUUGGGGGUGCUUUAAUUGUGUACAUUUGAUUUGAAACUCUGUUUCUGCAUAAAUAAAGACAGUUUGAAUCAA